CCAACCUUGUGUCCAAAAUAGUAACAUUUGUGAAACUAGUGAAAGCCUCGACUACCGAGCAUCCAGCUGACAAGGUUGCUUGGACCUUGGCAUACAAGCCCGACUUGGAACAAAAGGGCUAUGGUGACGAUCAAAGCGACACGUUUACUCAAAUGCAACGUGGAAGUCUCAGUCGAUCUCAGUCUGCGAGGUCUAACGGAUCCAGUGGAUCCAAAUUCUCCUUGGAGACCUCUCCCAGCCGCCAAGGUGUAACGAUUCGACCUCUGUCAAAGGAUAACAUUCAACCAUCCAUUGCCCAGCCGAUCGUUGCCAAUAUCAGUCUUCCUCAGAUCCUUGGCAAUGAUGCGGGAAAGAGAAAGAGCCAGGCGUCGUCUAUCAAGCCCACGGCGCCUCCGGGACUUGAUGCGCCGCCGCCACCAAGGAAGCCAAACGGUGCUUUGCUCACUACAUCUUCACUCGUCAUCCCAACAAGUAGAUGGUCCGCUACUACAAUAGGCAGUUCUUUGCCUUCCACUCCGGCCCCUGUCUCUGCAACUGGCGUUACGAUGAACGGAUCUCGCCGCUCAAAGGCCCAGCAGGAUGUCAACCAGA